UUCAAAUUCAAAAGCAACUACAUUAAGAUAACAUCAAAAUCAAAAGAGAUUUUUGGGAACGAAAAUGGGAAAGGAGUCGAAGAGGCCCAGCUGCGGUGCGGCCGUCACGAUCUGCUUAUUUCUUCUACCUUUGCUUUACAUAGGGAUCCGGCGGUCAUCGUCAUGGCAGUCUGAUUUCUCUUCUCUUAGCUCAUGGAGGAUGCAAAUAUCACAUGGGAGUGGUGGUCUGAGCAGCAAAAACAAUACCGAAAGCAUAGAAAUGGAAGGAGAGUUCUCAAAGCCUUUCCAAAGACUUGUACGAGGGAAAGAGCGACGGGAGCUUGACACCACCGGCGUUUCAUGCUUCUCAGAUCCCCUAUCGGAUGUCUGUGUCAUAAAACAGAAUGUAAGAAUCGACACCAGCACAAUGACAGUCUACAUAGCACCCGAAAAUCAGCCACCAAUGCAAUACACCGUCCGCCCCUAUGCAAGGAAAACGGACAACACAUGCAUGGAAGCAGUGACACCGGUGGAGGUGCGAACCAUCGCAGAUGACAACAGGCCUGCCUGCCAAGUAACUCACACCGUCCCCGUUGUUGUCUUCUCCACCGGCGGAUUCGCCAGUAACCUCUUCCAUGACUUCAACGACAUCAUCAUCCCCCUCUUUCUCACUUCCCGCAACUUCCGUUCUCAGCUUAUGUUCGCAGUCACUGACUUCAUGCUCAGUUGGAUCAGGAAAUACCAUCCCAUCCUCGCCCACCUAUCGUCCUACGAUCCCAUCGACACAACCAAAGACAGGCGAGUCCAUUGCUUUCCAGGAGCUGUGAUCGGUCUAAAAUACCACAGCGACUUCACUUGCAAUGCCUCCGACGUUCCCGGGGGAUACUCCACACUCGACUUCAAACGCUUCCUCCGUGAAUCUUUCAAUUUGAAAGACAGAAAUAGAACAGAAGCAGCCUUCACCAGGCAAGAAGAUCAGAAGCCAAAUCUCGUCCUGAUCUCCCGAAGGAACUCAAGGCAGUUCUUAAACGAGGAUGAACUGGUCGGAAUGGCAAGGGAGCUGGGCUUCCAUGUGACCGUAGCUUCACCACAGCGUGUGGCGAAUUUACAGAAGUUCGCCCAAGUGGUACACUCGUGUGACGUUUUGGUGGGGGCCCAUGGGGCGGGAAUUGCCAAUUCGCUGUUCCUGCCGGAAGGAGCUGUGCUGGUGCAGGUGGUGCCAUUGGGAUUGAACUGGGCUUCGACAACCUACUAUGGUGAUCCAUCUCGAGCAAUGGGGAUCCAUUAUCUGGAAUACCAAGUCACCUACAAUGAAAGCUCACUGUCUGAUACAUAUCCACCUGACCACCCAGUCAUCGCCGACCCCAACUCAAUCCACCUGCAGGGUUACAGGGUUAGCAGGGCAGUGUAUGUAGAUGGGCAGAACCUGAGGUUAGACUUGGCAAGAUUUAAAGAAACUCUCUUACAAGCCAUGCAACGCCUAAGAUGGUCCGCUCGUUAG